CCGCGCACCUUUUCAGAGCUCAAGAGUGAGAUCCACACGGCCCCAGAAUCUGUCGGCUUUACACCGUUCCCAAAGGGAGGAGGUGGAAGAAAACACUAGUUCUAUCCCCGGUCCUUUUGGAUUCAGGUCCCAAACCCUGACCGUGAUUUCUCGGGCCUCGGGGAGCCUGGGCCUGGAAUGUCGACAGACGGAUGGCAAAGUGAAGGCAGAGGGGGAGGUUGCACUCCUCGAGCCGGGAGGAAAAGACUCCUCCCGUUGUUGGGACAACUAUGAACAAGUCAGAGAACUUUCCCUUUACUGGUUCUUCAUUAGCAUCACAAGUUCAUGCUGCUGCAGUUAAUGGAGAUAAGGGUACACUUCAAAGGCUCAUCAUAGGAAACUCUGCUCUUAAAGACAAAGAAGACCAGUUUGGGAGGACACCACUUAUGUAUUGUAUGUUGGCUGACAGACUGGACUGUGCAGAUGCUCUCCUGAAGGCAGGAGCCGAGGUCAAUAAAACUGACCAUAGCCAGAGAACGGCCCUGCAUCUUGCAGCUCAAAAGGGAAAUUAUCGUUUUAUGAAACUCUUACUUACACGUAGAGCAAACUGGAUGCAAAAGGAUCUAGAAGAGAUGACACCUUUGCACUUGACCACCCGGCACAAGAGCCCUAAGUGUUUGGCACUUCUGCUGAAGUUUAUGGCACCAGGUGAAGUGGAUACUCAGGAUAAAAACAAGCAAACAGCUCUGCAUUGGAGUGCCUACUACAACAAUCCUGAGCAUGUGAAGCUGCUGAUCAAGCAUGAUUCCAACAUUGGGAUUCCUGAUGUUGAAGGCAAGAUCCCGCUGCACUGGGCAGCCAACCAUAAAGAUCCAAGUGCUGUGCAUACAGUGAGAUGCAUUCUGGAUGCUGCUCCAACAGAGUCUUUGCUGAACUGGCAAGACUAUGAGGGUCGCACUCCUCUGCACUUUGCAGUAGCUGAUGGAAAUGUGACAGUGGUUGAUGUCUUAACUUCAUAUGAAAGCUGCAAUAUAACAUCAUAUGAUAACUUAUUUCGAACUCCACUUCACUGGGCAGCUUUACUAGGCCACGCACAGAUUGUCCAUCUCCUUUUAGAAAGAAAUAAGUCUGGAACUAUCCCAUCUGACAGUCAAGGAGCAACACCCCUGCACUAUGCUGCUCAGAGUAACUUUGCUGAAACAGUUAAAGUAUUUUUAAAACAUCCUUCAGUGAAAGAUGAUUCAGACCUGGAAGGAAGAACAUCCUUUAUGUGGGCAUCAGGGAAAGGCAGUGAUGAUGUCCUUAGAGCUAUGCUGAGUUUAAAGUCUGACAUUGAUAUUAACAUGGCCGACAAAUAUGGAGGCACAGCAUUACAUGCUGCUGCCCUUUCUGGGCACGUCACCACUGUGAAGUUAUUAUUGGAAAAUGAUGCUCAAGUAGAUGCUACUGAUGUCAUGAAACAUACUCCACUUUUUCGAGCCUGUGAGAUGGGACACAAAGAUGUGAUUCAGACACUUAUUAAAGGUGGAGCAAGGGUAGAUCUAGUUGACCAAGAUGGACAUUCACUUCUACAUUGGGCAGCACUGGGAGGAAAUGCUGAAGUUUGCCAGAUUUUGAUAGAAAAUAAGAUCAAUCCAAAUGUACAAGAUUAUGCAGGAAGAACUCCUUUGCAGUGUGCUGCAUAUGGGGGAUAUAUCAGUUGCAUGGCUGUGCUCAUGGAAAAUAAUGCAGACCCUAAUAUUCAAGACAAAGAGGGAAGAACAGCUUUGCACUGGUCCUGUAACAAUGGAUACCUUGAUGCCAUUAAAUUGUUGCUAGACUUUGCUGCUUUCCCUAAUCAGAUGGAAAACAAUGAAGAAAGGUACACACCCCUUGAUUACGCUUUGCUUGGUGAGCGCCAUGAAGUGAUCCAGUUCAUGUUGGAGCAUGGUGCCCUGUCCAUUGCAGCCAUACAAGACAUUGCUGCCUUCAAAAUCCAAGCUGUCUACAAAGGGUACAAGGUCAGGAAAGCUUUCCGAGACCGGAAGAACCUCCUCAUGAAGCAUGAACAGUUGAGAAAAGAUGCUGCUGCCAAAAAGCGGGAAGAAGAAAACAAGCGGAAAGAGGCAGAGCAGCAGCAAGGACAGUUCAGCCCAAAUUCCCACAAACCUCAAGCCCUUCCCUGUCUUCUCAGUCCCCAUGAUGAGCCCAGCAGGCAGAGCAGGGACCCAAGAGAGCAGCCACCUGCUGGCCACAAAGCCCAAGGCCCUGAGCCAAAAGACAACAGAAGGUCUCCAAGCAGACCCCCCCAGAAGGAGCAGAAUGUCUUAUCAGACCUGCAGGAAACAGACUCCAGGAAACCAAAGGAAACAGCCAGGAAACAUUCUAAAGGCCACUCUGCCUGUGUCCACAUCAGACCCAAUGAAGGCAGUGGAGACUGGUGUCUGGGAGUCUCCUCUGUUGAUAAGUCCAGAGGUGAGACAGCUGGCGAGCAUCGGUGUGAGAAGGGGAAAGACAUGUUGAAGCAGCCCUCCUCUGUCAGGGGGCCUGGGCCCAGUGACAAAGGAGAGGACCCUGGCUGUGCGGCUGCAGGCCUUCCACUGCAGGAUGGGCACCGGAAGCCCAGCAGGCGGCAUGACUCAGCACCCAAGGCCAGAAGUGCCCCCCAGAAAAGGCUCACUCAGGAACUCAGAGGAAGGUGCUCCCCAGCUGGGUCAAGCCGGCCUGGCAGUGCCAGGGCGGAGGUGGUCCACGCUGGGCGGACUCCUCUCCACCACUGCACACCAAGAAACAAAAUGAUACAAGACAAGCUCGCAGGAGGGGAUUUACCAGAGAGCACAAAGGAAAUGAGGUCAGGAGCCAGGAAGUUGGGGCCAUCGACCCUAACUGAGAACAUUCAGCUAUCUAAGGAGACUGAUCCAGCCCCUGGUCUCCUCUCUGGGCAGAGUGUGAAUAUUGACCUUCUCCCUGUAGAGCUCCGGCUGCAGAUAAUCCACAGAGAAAGAAGUAGGAAAGAGCUGUUUCGAAAGAAGAACAAGGCAGCAACAGUCAUCCAGCGUGCCUGGCGAAGGCCUUACAGUGAUGACUUCCCAAGGAAGAGUUGGACCCAUCACCAAAGCUAUCAGCUCAGGAAGCACCUGUCCCACCUUCUGCACCGGAAGCAGCUUGGAGCUAGAGACGUGGACAGAUGGGAGCGAGAGUGCAUGACACUGCUCCUCCAGGUUUGGAGGAAAGAACUGGCACAUAAGCUCCCAAAGACCAUCGCAGUAAGCAGGAUUCCCAGGAGUUCAUCCAAGGGCAUCUCAAGCACAAAGUCCACCAAACACUCAGUGCUCAAGCAGAUCUAUGGUUGUUCUCAAGAAGGGAAAGUAUAUCACCCCACAAGAUCCUCAAGAUCCCCUGCUGUGCUGCGUCUCAAUUCAGUGAGCAACUUGCAGUAUAUACAUCUCCAUGAGAACACUGGAAGAUCAAAGAAAUUUUCUUAUAAUCUGCAAUCAGCUACUCAAUCAAAAAACAAACCAAAGCUUUGACUGCCUGUGGAGAAAGACUGGAAUAGCUAGUGCAGAGUUCUGAUUCUUGGUGGAAUGUCUUUUACAUCUUGGGAAAACUAGUUGAUCAUGGCUAAGGUCUUAUUACCCUGAAAAUGUGGUAACAACUCAAACAAAAUGUUCAGCUGUUUACACUCUGCUCUUACUCAGCACUGUUUUGUAAAUUAUGUAAGCCUGCACUGAAAGGACCAUGAUAGACUAUGCCUCAGCAGACUGCCUGUGUGCCUUCACCUCAGCAUGGCUGGAAAUGAGAUUUGGUAAUUAAAGUAAGUGGAACUAAGAAUGUGAGCACUAAAGGGUCUGCUAGGUUCAGAUUUCUGACAGGCAGCUGACAUGGGCCUGGUUUCUUGGCUCAAAUGAUAAGCCCAAAUGUGUGAUGAGGAGUCUGUCCCACAGCAGCCACCUUUAUCCUUUUCCUGAUUAUCUACUGUAACAAACGUCAUGACAGAUACCACACCCUGACUCCAACAUUAUCAGUUUUGAAUUUCAGAUCAGAAUCAGGACCCAAUGUUUGCAUUUAGAAACUGUCAGAAGACCAUGGGUAUAUUCUCCUGAUUCCCACAUUAGCCUUUGAAGGCCACAGUCAGUGGCCAGGUCCCCUUCUGAAUGGUGUUCUCACUGCUGAGCAUACCAGGAGCACCACAGCAUCAAGGAAUUAUGCAGGUCUUAUAAGCCAAACCACUCACGCAGCAAGGUGCCAGCUCAGCUUCAACAGCCCACUUGUACUUUCUGACCAGACUGCAAGGUGAGCAAUCUCAAGAUGCCAUUCUUACUGACAGGGAAAACUAUAUAUAUUCUAGCUAAGAAAACUUGUUUAAAUAAAAAUCCAGUGAGUAUGGGCUCUUUCACAUUUUUAAGGGUAAGGCUACGAAAGAAAUGUAGACAAUGGGAUUAGGCUCAUAAAUACUUUCAGAGUCAGUUCCGUUUUUCUUAAGAUUAGUUCCACCUCUGUAUUAACAGUAACAGAAAACAAUAAAGUGUUUACCUAAUUUAA